AUGAAUUUUAUUUUGCCCAAUGAACUUUUUUUGCUUCGAUUUAUUCUUGGAGAUCUCGUGUUCGCAUUUGAAUUUGUUUUGCUUACUUUUGACUUUAGAAAAAAAAAUGGCAGACUUAUAGUGACUAUAGGAAAAAAUGUUACCCCUCAUGGAGCAAGCUCCUAUGAAGAGUUAAAGUCUGAUUUAACUGCAAAGCUCUAUCAAUUUAAAGGAAUUUUAUUUUGCCCAAUGAACUUUUUUUGCUUCGAUUUAGUCUUGAAGAUCUCGUGUUCGCGCUUGAUUUGUUUUAGGUAUUUUUGACUUUAG